AUGGAGAAUCGUAAGAGGAAGUACGGUCACGGGAAGUAUAACUCUGGAGUUCAACAGAAACCCCGCUACAGCCCGUACUCAAGAAGUUCUAGAUCAGGCACUAGCAAGUUUGGAGGGAAUCAUCAUAACCAUGGAGGCCACAUUCAGCAUGGAGGAAAUGGACACAACCACCAUGGUCACAAGCAUGGAAAUGGCAAUGGCUAUGGCAAUGGAGGGAAUGACAACCAGCAGCAUUUCAACUCUUCUACACCAAUGAAGAAAGAUCUGAGUCACAUCACUUGCUUCAAAUGCAAGAAGACAGGGCACUACUCCAAUGAUUGUUCCGAGCAGCAGAAUGGGAAUGGAAAUGGGAAUUCUGGAGGCAAGAAGCCUAAUCCUUUCACUAAGGGGCAUGUGAACCAUGUCAAUGUGGAGGAGGUCUAUGAGCAGCCUGACGCUGAUUGGUAA